UUCGGUUGAACGAAAUUCGUGGUUCAUUAGAGCUUUCCCCAUCAGGGUAUUUUGUCUUAGACGAGUGUAAACAAUGGUACUACUGUGAUGUUGGAAUAACUGCUUCAGCAUCUGCGCUGAGUUGCAGUCAAUGCACGGCAAGGACCGAGUCUGGCUGCUCCGACAAUCCGCAAAGUUGCUUGUGGGGAGAUUAUUGCUUCCGCGCCACGGGCCGCCUUUGGGAUGGCAGUCAGUUUGUUAACGGGUUUAUCAAGGGAUGUGCACCCUGUGACACGAACGAGCAAGCAUGCAAUUUCUUAAACAGAACUGGUGUAAAGAUGGUGUUUUCUGAUGGCUACCUCGUCACCUGUAAUCUGAAGUGCUGCCAAAGUGACAACUGCAACAUGGGAGGGGAGUUCCCUACUGCGAGCACCAACCCUCUUGCAUCCUCAAGUCCACCUCACUCCAACCCCCAGACCAUGCCCCUUACCACUGCGGCUAUUUCCCCAUCACCCGACCGCUCCACCUCUACCGAACCAGACAGUACCCUAACUACCACUGGUGGCACAGGUCCUGUCACCGACUCUUCUACUCACAGGGCAUCAUCUGCGAACCCGUCUACUCCGUCCAGUAGCCCCCCUGACACGAAUUCGCCGGCUUUGUUGGUUAUUACUAUCAUGUGUGGGUCUCUUCUAAUAGCUUUAUUGAACGGAGGUCGUUAAAGCCUUGGUUAACAUACUGUUUUUGUUUCGGUUCCUAUUUUAGUUUUAAUGUGGAAGCAAGUAAAAAGCCGCAUACCCCCUGACUGCUCUAUACAUCUAUAGAAAGCAAAGUCAUAGAAAGUGCUUCUGCAAGUUUUCCUGCAAUGUUCGAAUUCUGAAAACUCUUGUCAAAAUUUUACAGCUGCUGCUAAUCCACUGAAUGGCUUUCGUCAUUUAAACUAAUAAAAUCAAGUUUGGUGUUUUUUUGAAUGGCCAGCACCCUUGCAGAGACGUGGCGUGAAAUAAAAACCAUUCCAGUGCUGUCCAAUGAAAAACUUCAAGAAUUUUGAAUUAUGAAAGCCAGAACUGCUGCAAAUAGUCGGUGUGAGCUCGCAAAAUAAUCGAAAACAGCAGUAAUUGGGGGACUUAGUGUCGGCGGACUGUUUUGUCGGCGAAACCACCUGAUACCUAGUGAAUGCCGUGUGUUAUUGAUGUUAUUUUUUGCUGAUUACAUUAAUAAAGAAACAGUGUGCAUUAUCA